CUCUGACGCAAACCUCACAGAUUAACCAAGCAAUCAGCGUCCGAUCCAAGAACUCAGGAGGCCUCUCGCGUUAGCGAAGUGAGGAAAGAAAUGGCGUCGAGAGCAAGGGCAGCCCUCGUGGCCGGGUUCCUGGCUGCCGUGGCGGCGGUGCUCGUCGCCUCGGCGUCAGCGCAGUCCGGGUGCACGACGGCGCUGGUCGGCCUGUACCCGUGCCUGAACUACAUCAGCGGCAACGUGUCCACGCCGCCGGCCUCGUGCUGCUCGCAGCUCAGCAGCGUGGUGCAGUCCCAGCCGCAGUGCCUCUGCGCGGCGCUCAGCGGCGACUCCUCGUCCCUCGGCGGCGUCAGCAUCAACAAGACGCGCGCACUCGAGCUCCCCCAGGCGUGCAACGUGAAGACCCCGCCGGCCAGCAAGUGCAACCCUGCUGGCGGUGGCAACGCUCCGGGCGCGGGUACGCCGACCGCGCCGUCAUCUGGCACGCCGGCGGGCGCAGGAACCGGCAGCGGGUCAUCGAAGGCGACGCCGCCGUACCUGACAUCCGGCGGCGCGUCGCUCCGUGGACCGGUGGCUCUAUUGCUCGGCUUCGCGGCUGCUGCCGUCUAUGCCGUCUCGGCCGUGUGAGCAUUUCUGGCUCAGCUAGCUGGUGGCCUCGGUGUUUGGAGAUUCAGGUUGUCAUGCGUAACUGUGUGGAAAUAUUGUUUUAGCAUUGGCGAUGAUCGAUCGAUUGAAUUUUGUGCUUCGCAUCUGUACUAUUGGUUGUUCCCAGAGAUCGUAAC